CCUAUGUCCUUGGUCGAGGGUGCUAAAAUCUCCAAGGGUAACGUGAGUACUCAGGCGGAAGCCACAGGUCUGAGUGCCACUGGAGCUACUGUGACUGCGACGAAUCAGACGAAUACCCCGGGUCUGGUAGUCGGUGAUGCUACUGGGGUAAACAAAACGAAUAGUUUUUUGACUAGACAGGAAAGAGUGACUAUGGACGACAGCGACGACAACCUCUCAGGUCUGAAAGGGUUAAACCUUUAUGAGACUGAUGAGGAGGACUUACUCAUGGUGUCCUCCGAGCCGCUAAAAGCGAAUGAAGACGUACAUCCGGAGGCCCAUGACCCUGCAAAGGGAGACACAGAACAGAAAAACAGGAAACAGGACUCAGAACAGGACGAACGGAAAAGGUUGGCGGGCUACAAACGCUCUCUCCGGUAUGUCAGGACGUUGGACUCGCGAGAUCCCGCGUCUUUGACCACCAGGGAAAAGCGUUUGCGGCGUAAACAUACCUACCACAUACAGAAGUAUGAGGCCAUGCUAAAUACUACUGUUGUGGAGGUAAGGCCAGCCAAGACUAAGACCGAACCAAACCAGAGCAGGCAGGUGAUCACAUCUAAACAUGUGCCCCAUGCCAGCACUGGACCGAACACGAUCAUCGUCUCGGAGGAUCUUGACGUACGCCCAUCUACAUCAAAGAGGGCCACGUCGGGGCCAAAGAGAGGUGAUGACCAAUGCGGCACGACGAAGUCUGCUAGCACAACACCCAAGGUGCUGUCCGCAAUCUCCUCUACUCGAGGAACCGCGAUGGCUUCCAAAGGUACAGCAAGCAGGCCUAGUAUUAAGCGGCAAAGGUCAGGUGAAACGCAGGUGUCUGAGGGUAAGCGGCUGAAACCAUCAACUAGCUUAACAUCAGCACCUGAGCUACAAGUAGCCAUCAUAGAUCGUAGUCAACCUGAUGGGAAAAUGACUACGGACAGAUGGCUGCUUCUGGAGGAGAAGAUCUUGCGGGCACUAGUGGACGAACUCGCAUGCAGUGAGGAUGAUUCCUUCACUGCAUUCGAUGGCGCCAAAUGGUUAAAGGGUGUCAAGAUCAUCGGGUGCGGUAACGAGAAGGCCCUAGGCUUUCUCAGUAACUGUAUCCGAGGAGUUGGCGAACUCUGGCCCAAUGCAAGAAUCGAAAUCGUCCCACUGGAUCAAGUACCUUUUCGUACGACGGUGAGAGUGUGGGUCCCUCCUCCCCUUUUGGAGGACGAAGCCACGCUAACACUUAUAAAGCGUCAGAAUAAGGAACUUGGUACAGAGGACUGGACGAUUGAACGAGGGCGCUCUAGGGACAAAGGAGAAGGCAAGGAUCUCUGGAUCAAAAUUGGUUCAGAAUCCCUCCGACUCCUGCGUUCUUCGCAAGGCGUCAUCAAAUACGGGCUAAACCAACUCCGGUUGAUCUUGCCCGCGGUGAAGCGCAAUGAUGAACCCAAGCGGCCUGAGAGUGGUACAGAUUAAUCUGCACCACUCCGAAGCAGCAUCGGACGAUUUGCUGCGCUUCAUGGAGAAGGAAGCUAUCCACGUGGCCUUAAUCCAAGAACCCUGGCUUGUAGCCAGUAAAGUUCGAGGCGUCCGGUCACGAAACUAUGUGCUCCUUUCUCCGAACCCUGAAGUUCUGGUGAUUUAACGGUAGUUGCACUAGAGCGACAAGGGUUACCAACCCUAAUCAUAUCAUCUGCGUACCUACCAUACGACGAAGCUAAUCCGCCCUCACGUGCCGUACGCACACUUGUAGACUGGUGUAACACAAGGGGCCAUGAUCUCAUCAUAGGAUGUGAUGCUAAUGCCCAUCAUACUCUGUGGGGGAGCUCGGAUAUAAAUGACAGGGGUGAGUGUUUACUUCAAUACCUUCUAUCUACUAACCUAAGUGUUUGCAAUAGGGGUAAUAUACCAACGUUCUUCAAUAGGAUCAGGGAGCAGGUCAUUGAUAUUACUUUGGUAGGGAACACUGACUCAGUUAGAAUUCUUGAUUGGAGAGUUUCACUCGAGUGCUCAUUCUCCGAUCACCACAGGAUAGUGUUUACGAUACAGCUUACACUGGAUAGGGAAAAACCCUUUAGAAAUCCUAGGAAAACCGACUGGGUCAAAUUCUGUAAUCUUAGUGACACCAUACCACAUCCAGCAAUGGAUAGAUUAAAUGGUACACGGGACUUGGACGACUCGGUGGAUUUUCUAUCCAGGUCAUUAAGGGAAGCCUACUAUGCUUCGUGUAGGGAGCGGCAGGGACCUAGGAAAUUCCGGCAACCAUGGUGGAAUCCUAGACUAAUGCAGCUAAGAAAGGAAUGUAGAAAACUUUUUAAUAAGGCGAAGAGGGACC